CUAAAUGAAGUUACGAAAAAUAUUCCUGACCAUCAAUUAUAAGCUCCUUAUAUUUCCCUCAUAACCUUCUUAGAUAAUUUGUUUUCUUGUCCUACGACUUUACAUUUCACCUCGAGGGCUUUUGGCGCCACUGUGUCAAACAUGUCUUCAGGUUUCCAAGGUAAGUCUAUGUCCUGACGUCUUAGCUCUCCAGGAAAAUGUCGGAAGUUAUAUAUCGGUGGUUUAGUAGAAAAUGUCCUUAAAGAUGAUUUAGUCCGCGAGUUGUCUAAGUGUGGUGAAGUAGUUGAUGUGUGGGUUGCCAGAAACCCACCAGGAUUCGCGUUCGCUGAAUAUGUAAAGUCAUCGGAUGCCGAGAAAGCAGUAAGAUCUCUUAAUGGUAUCAACGUUUGUGGCUCAAGAAUCAGAGUCGAGUUCGCGCACGGUGGUCGUACUAAAAGCGGUAAGCACUGUUUUAAACGUAUUCGAAAGAUGGACUACGAAUUAAUUGUACAACGUAACACGGCUUCGUCUUCAUUUAAAUUCAGCUAUCGGGUCAGCGUUUCAUGGUGGUCGAUCAAGUGGCAGGGGCUCAUUUAGGCGUCGAAGUUCUCCUCGUCACAGUAAUAGGGAUUCGUCAUACAACGGUCACCGUCAUGCUGAUUACGAUCAAUUUUCUUCCUUUCACUCUUCAGAAAUAGCCAGUGCUGCUACUGCGUCGGGCUACCCCUACGGGGUAUCAGGCUACCAGUCCGUGCUGCCAUUUCUCCCAUCUACGGAAUUCAUACGAUCCCUACAAAGUCAGUCACGUCGUCGGUCAUCUCCUGGGAGAAUCCAGUUUCCAGUGAACCAAAGAGGACAUUCUCCAAUAUCACGACGAAGGUAAUAAUUUCUGCCAGUGCUCACUUUCUUAGUUCUAACUCCUACUACACUAUCCAUCUGGAAAUUUUGAUAUAUUUAUGUUGUCUCUCAUCAUUAAUAGACUACUGUAUCUAUCAAUUUACGCUAAUAUGAAAGGUUCGUGAGCAAAAUUUUUCAAACUCGAAGUAUGUGUUUAAAGAGUGAUCGCGAUAAUGAUAAGGGGAAUAUCGUCACAUCGUGGGACUUAAAUUAUCGACGUUUAACUCGAAGCUUCUUUCUUUGCUAGUGUGGAAGUUAUUCGUCUGAAGAAUCUUAAGCAUUCAUACCAUAAUUACCUGACAUCGAGGCCUUAUGCUUAUAACUUAGAAUACUACCUGAUCACCAUACUUCAGCCAAUAUGAAUCUAACAGUGGAUGCUACACAUAUUCUUCGAUAAAUCACCUAGAUUUCAGAAGUUAUUCUCAGUAUUUAAGUCUGCGUACGUAAACAUUUACUUCAAACUCAAAAAUUGGAAACUUUUACUUGAAAUUAAGUUUCUUCGUUACUUUAUACCAACUGUCUAACGCGCUGCCACAGUCUCUACGAUGCUUAUUUUUGGUUUCUUUCAGGAGUCGAAGUCCACUAGGUGUUCCAGUGGGAAGACCACGAGGUCGAAGCCCGUUGGAAUAUAACGGUAGGAGUAUGAGUCGCCACCUCGACAUGCGCGGCCGUGGAGGCUACACUGACUUUUCACGCUCUCGAAUACCCAGGGGGCCUCGCACAACCUAUUCACCGCCUUUCGUGAGAGAAAUAAAUGGUAGACAUGAUGAAUCACGUGGACGAAGGGGUCGAGACGAUCGUCGCCGACGUUGAAAAAUGCUACUGGAUCCCAAGACAAAACAUUUCAUAAAUUUAUAUUCAAAUGAUAUGAAGCUAAAUGCAUUUAGUUUUUAUCCAUCUAGUUUUCAAAGAUUUCUUAAUUGUCAUAGGCUUGCCUAGAUGUCAUCGACGUAAUUGAACGAAAAAUUUGUUCAUUCCCAUUUCCUUCCUGUAUUGUAUUACCAGCUGGUGGGCUCGUUAUAUUAAAUAAUAACCAUUUUUACGGAUAGAUGAAAGUGAAAGAACAAAUUACUGCAUCGAAACAUCUAGUUAGUCUUCUCAUUCAUUCAUGUUUGCAUUCAUCGUUGAUCUGUCAGUAUAUAGUAGUCGUAACUAUUUGGUAUCUAUUUGUCAGUGUUGAUACUCAUCAUUAUUUAUGGUGCUUUGGUACUUCAGUUCACAGUGCAUUUCUCCAACAUGACCUCACCUCGAAAUUCAACCCAUCCUACUACUUUUCAAUUUAGUGGUUUUUACAUAAUAUCCAAAUUGUUAGAUAACAUCUUGAAGUAAAUUACUGGAAAUACCAAUUUUUCUUAUCACUCAUUAGUUUCAUAUCUAAUGAGAAGAUCGGUUCUGCGCACGGCAAACUCACCAGACUACUUUUAUGUGAUUGAAAGUUCAUUGAUCUAUAGGCCAUUGUAAAGGUCUUUAUGCUAAAAUAAAAGGCAACUUACGAUACAACGUGUUAUCCAAGCCCAUUUCUUAGAUGUCUUUCUACUGCUUUUCAAAUACGAAGCAUCCUCGAUUCAGAGCGUGUUGACUUCGCGACUUCUGGGGUCCCAAAUAUGUCAUAUUUGUGGACUUUUAGUCUUUCACAAACUCCGACUGUUUAGACUAUCUGAAGACAGGUCAGUUGCCCAAACUACAAUGUGCUAUCGGAUAUCUAAUAGAUGGAAUAAUGAUAAGAAGCCCUUCAACUUCACGUUUAAAUCACGAAACCAUUAUUUGGCGAAUGCAAAAAUCGUUACCACUAACUUAUGCCAGCCACAUGGAGUAGUUUUUAGCGUUAAUCAUUCCAAUCGCCUACUUGUCUACAUCAACGUCUAUAUAAUCAGUACUAUUUUGGGACAUUUAAGGAACAAUCGGUUGAUGAGCACAAAAUCGCCGGACUAUCUAAUUGUACAUCGGUCUACGCCGUGUACUUUUAGUCAUGAAUCUUCCAUAUUACUAGUAAAAAUAUGGAGUGCUUAAAUCGCCGGUACACUUGAAGUAUUUACCAUCUUGGUCAGUUCACUAAGUCGAUGUUUUUGUCAGAUUUUUGAUCCGGUUGGAAAUAAGGUUAAAUAUACACUGUUGUUGUCCACCAUUGUGAUAAGUGAUUGAAUGCUCGAACAACACAUGCAAGAUUCAUUCAAAUGGCUAACAGCAAUCGAAGCAGUAUUCAUGAAGUUUAUGGAACGGUGAAGUUAUAGAAUAAAGAUUUGUGGAUGAACCUCAUCACAUGCGUAGUUCAAAUUUUAAUCGACCAAUUUGAUAGGAUAUUGAUUUUCAAGUUCUUCACUCUGAAUUCAGCUAAAUACGGUGGUUCACCAGAGAAUCGAAACUUUUAUGACUUAUGUUUAAGCCAGUCACAUUAACUUAAGGUCCCUCAAAAAGCUUAGUUAAGUCCUAUUUAUACCUUUUAAACUGAAAAAGAUUUUCCCAUCACCACUCAUUUUUAACAAAUAGGAAAGUCUAUAAAUCCACUGACGUAGUUUGAAGAGUUGUGGACUUUUGAGGUUUUUUUUAGCUAGUAACCUCAUGCACAAAUACUGAUACAAAUGAGCACCAAAAUAAGUUUGCGACACAUAAAUAAAAGAAUAAAGUUGUAAAGAAUGAUAGAAUACAGUCAGAAAUACUUGGUAUUAAAAACAAGUGAACGAGAAUAGUGUACGGAAGGAGACACAAUUCAGUUAGAAGUACAAUCAAAAGAACUUUCAUUUAAGUAAACCUGUCGAUUUUGCAAAAAACGUAGAAAGAAACUACGUCAGCAUGCCAAUGACUGCUGUCUUAAUUCGUACCUAAUAACUCAGGAUACUCAAAUGCAUCAUCUUCAACCAAGAAAUCAUGAUGGGUCGGAUUAUUCAUUAAUAAACGCCUAUCUGGUUUUCAAACCAUGCGCACUGGUACGUUUUCUUAAAGGGAAUUCUUCCAGGGGGUCUGAAAACAUGGAAGUUUUAAUUUAUCGUCGUAAUUCUCCUUUUUCUUCAAAUAUUCUUUGACUUGAAGCAUUUCGACUCUCCGAUAGUACCUUUGAUGUAAAACUUCCUACGUUUGGCUUGACAAAUUUACACCCGGAUAUUCUAUUUCAUGUUAGGACCCGUACUCUACGAUUAAGUGGAUUUCUCAUAACUAGACGGCUACAACUCGUUUUAUGCUCACAAAUCAUACGUCCUAGAUUUAUAUUAACUUAUUUUGACUUAAUAGGGAUUAGUUAAUACGUCUACGCCUCGCGACCAUAUGCAUAACUUAAGGUAGGUGUGUGGUUUUUCUUAUACUCAAGAUGGUUCUCAGAGAGUCAUCUCAGGAACUUAAUUCAAAAACCUAUAACACAUUCGGAACUACGUCUAUCAACUACUCCACAGAGUGACCGAUUACUAAACUUAUCAAAAUUGAGAAAGGUUCAGUUGUAUCAGCAGUUUUCAUCGAUUCGUUCCUUUCUUUAUUCAAUCUAUCAUUUUUCAGAGGCUGUUCCCAUGUCUUGACACAUUGAGUGGACUGCAAGCUACGGGCAUCUUUCCUUCAUACAUUAUACAUCUUAUAAGUGUAAAACAAGCAAAACGUGCUACAAAUUCAAUGUUUAACUCGAGUGCUUUCAAUAAACAAAGCAGGUUUCUGACUGUCAACUCAUCGGAUGAGCAUCGGCUACUAAACCACCGAAUAACAAGCUAUAGUCAGUACAGUUAUAAGCUCUGUCGACACUUCGUUUCCCAUAGUUAGGUUCCCAAAUUCUGCGAGAAUCAUAUGUAAUACAUAUAAUUUUCCACAGACAGCAUGUUUCCGUUCGAAUGGAAUAUUACAUUACUGAAUCUCUUUAUUAUUGUCCAUUGAAGAUGAUUUGUAGUAUUUCUUUUGUACCGUGAUAACAUAUUUCUUGAAAUGGCCUUUUUAUUUUGUUGAUUGUUCGGUUUUUCCCAUUUGAUCAACAUUCUUGGACUGCAGUGCAUUUCCUUGCCACUCAUACAGUAGGAAAAACCUGUCCAGUUUAAAGUACUUUUAAUAAGAACUCAAGUGACAUCAACAAAUAAUCAAAUUCCUGAAUGAGGUCUUUCAGUCAAUGAAUGAUAAAAGUUAAUUAUCUAACAAAAAUAUUGCAUUUGCAACACUGAGAAAUGUGUUCUCUUCCAAAUGUCAACAUUGACUAAAUUUAUUUAGCCUUGUUUCCAACGAUAUAAAUUAUUUGUAAAAUGCGACUACUUCGAGUUCAUUUUUCAUAUCUAAGAUCCUAAAUGGAGGUGCAAUAGUGUUACUAGUCUCUGCAAAUUCAGUGGUAUUUUGUCUCCGUUUAUUCGGUGUAUUCAAAGUGCUUCUGAGCAUCGUUCUUAAGCUGCAAGCGGAAAAGAAACACUGAUGCCAAUGAAAUUCACAUAUUGUGCUCUCAAAUUCAUCUACAUUUGUCAACUGCUGUGAUUAGUAGUUGUCUGUUUAUUUAGUUUUGAUUCAUUUGUGUGGCUUUACUGAAGAAACUUGAACCAUUGUAAAGUAAUUAGUAUUCGCUUAUUAGCUUUUUUUAAUGUCAUGUAGCUAAAUGACUUGUUUGUAUCUAUUUGGAUACCACAAAACUGAAAAAAUACUAACUUAAUAAUCUCACGUGAUUAUAAUUUCGAGUCGACACGCAACAUUGUGUAGUACUUGGUCCUGUCAUUCUGUAAUGGAUUCGGGACAACAACAAGACCGUUUUACUUAACACAAAACCACGCUCACCCACGACGGAAUCAAACAAUAUACUUUUUUGGAAGGCUACUUGUUCGGAUAAGAGGGAAGUUCAUUUGCUAAGCGAGAUAGGUCAAUAACUGACACAUUAGGACUGAGUGACUGAUGGUCGCACUUUAAUAAAGUACAUCAGGCGAUUAUCAAUAUUUUGACUAGUUCACUACCUUAACGUCCAUUUGACUUCCAGUGCAUUUCAGUUGCACUAGUUAAUUCUCUCAUUUGGCUUUUGCUCAGCAUUAGUAUUUAGUUUUAUUGUGUACGAGUUUGACUAUUUCUUUAGCCAACAGUUGCUGAAUGCAAUCUGUAUAUAAUGGAAUAAAUGCAAACAUGAAUCAGUCUCCCUUUGUUUGUACCAAAUAAAUCUUUCUGAUAGAUUCGCCUUUUGGAGUAGUUGGAUAUAGGAGAGAACAAAGUUGUGAUAUUAGUGUAUCAAAGUGCAUUAGAAAAUUACCGUCGAUAUCACGUAUAUGUCUUUUACAUGGUCAAUUUUUCACUAGUUGAUUAUAUGAAGUAAUAAUAAUUGGUUAUGAUUAUCUAAGUAGUACUGAUUUUUAAUACUCGAAUGGGAAACCUAUCUAUUGGUGUACAGCCAUGAUGAGCAUCUAAAAAUGAGAUAUUUCACUCAACUUAUAUUUCCUUUUAUGUCUGAAUAUGAAUACUUAAUUUAUUCCAAAAAUCAGUUAUAUUGCUGGUAUGAAUUGAAUUUAUCUUAUUAACUGAAUACUCAUGUGCAGUGGCGCUUCCCACUGAUUGCUUUUGUCAAGCUGUUCUAUCCUCUUUUAGCAUUUCACAUAUUGCCUUAAAAUUUGACUAGGACUUGUCCUAGAGCCUGGUAUAAUAUCCCAUAGUAAUUCAGCAAAUAAGUGGUGCCGAAAUCCUGAAGUGUAAUGUCUGUUUUUUGAAAAAGUUUAUCUGAUCAAAAUAUGCGAAAGUAUACCUCACGACUAAUCAAAUCAGAUAGUUUUUUGACCAGUUAAGUGUCAGUUUUUUGUUCCCGGGCUCUACUAGUUAAAAUAGCUAGAGAUUACUAUACAGUAAUAAGGAUUUGUUGAAGUGAUCUACUAAGGGACCAAAAAAUGAUAUACCAAUAUUGUUUUUCCUACUGAUAACAGAAUAAGAGAGGUAUUCGAUGAGUCGAGACUUGAAUGUAGUUAGAUAUAGUAUCUAUGUACCUGGGAAAUUCUAUGGUUGCAAUGACUGCUAUUAACUUUGGAAAGUGAAUAACGUAUUGGUGGUUGAAAGCUGUUCAAGGCUAUUAGAAACAGUCUCCGUGAACUAGAGACUGAGGUGUUUUCUAGAAUAUCCUAUGGUGCAGUUCAACUGGCCUCCGUCCAUUGAGUCGUCCUUGACUCGACCACUGCAUAAUUAGGCCACUGAUAUCACAUCCGUGAUUCGUACUGAAGCUAAAUUCACUGGGACUUCGGCAGCGGCGAAUGGAAUAAUUAAUGACAAUCUGCAUUCAGAGCUGUCGUUUUUCGAUCUUGACAUUACCAUUCCAACCACGAAAUGUCUGUCCAAAACCUUUCACCUACCAAGGUUUACGAAGUCAGUUCAUCUCACCAGUUUCCCCUAAUGAAGUAUAUAUCAAUAAACGGUCGUAAUGUUUGGACCAAGUAAUUUUUUUAGGCGCUUUAGAAAAUCUUCAGGUAUGAUAAUCCAAGACUUGUUAUUAACGAAGGGUCUAAAUGGUGUAUGGUGCUGAAGGAUACUUGUCUCAUUUGGUGACUUGGUUGGCAAGUAAUAAGACUGAAACUUUCUUCAAUAACAAUAAAAUAACCAAUUUAAAUUGUACUACAUUCUAAAGGCCCCAAGCUAUAAAGAAAACAGUUGGCUUCAGUACACAGUGAAGUUUUCCUACUCAUCGGUCACUAUCCGUCCAUAAAAUACGUUGGCUUCAAUUCGCUGGUGGUAACCGGUCAUUUAUCUCCAUUUGUCAAAUUCGUGUUUGGUACCACAAAGUAUAUGGGGUCGCUGUAAACGAAUAUGUUGCUCAACAUUUUGUUACGUUUUUCGGGACGGAUGUCCGACAAAGUCAUUGAAACUAAGCAUGCAAAAUAUAUAUGUGCUCGAUCAAGGUUGUAUUUCAUAACAUAUGCUUAUGGGUAAACCAGUUAAUUCCUGUUUUGGUGUAUCCUACUUAUGCCUUUCAACAUAAGUAGUCUGUAACACCAAACAAAUGUGGGAUGCAUGACAGAAGGUUAAGGAGAUCGACUUGAAAAGAAACGAAGAAAUAGAAAGAAAUUGUAAAUUGGAAGAAUCAUACUGAAUGGAAAGAACAAUUGAUGGUAGAUUUGCAAAUGAAUUAUUUAAUGUAUGGUUCUCAUAGUUUACAAAGGUAUCCUGUAAUUUUGUACUAGAUAUUAAGUUGAUUUUCCCCAACUGAAUGUUCCUUCACUACACUAGUCUCAUCUGUAAGGUUCUAUGCUUACUUUAACAUGGGCCACGCAUACUGACUCUCUGCGUGCUUCUAUCUACAGUGGCGACAACAAUAUUGAUAUGAUAUAUGUCCAUCUACCAGCCAACCUUGUCAUGUGAAACAAGGUAUAUAUGCUGUGUCUCGUGUUCGUUUUCAACACAUACCAGAAUAUAUUCCAACAUCUUACCACAAUGACAAGAGGAAAGCAGUUAAAAUUUCCAAGUUAGUGCUUACUUUGUGACACGGUUUGAUCAUUUUGUGAAUUGUGCCCUAACCACCACCCAGCAUCUCCUAAUCCCUACAGGCAGCUGGUUUUCUCUCUACUACAGUCAGGUAUUGCUGAUGGCGUCUGUCCACUUGAUACAGAGUAACCUGCAUAUACGGUUGUUUAUAGAUACCCUUAAUUUCCUGUUGGUGAUCGUGGAAGUCCUCCAAGUUUCAGCUCUGCACAAUAACACUGUUUUGAUGUUGGUGCUUGAAAUUCUGUCUUUGAUGUUGUGCGACAGUUGUUUUGAGUCCCAGAUAUUCUUCAAUUGUAGGAAUGCUGUCCUUAUUUUGCCAAUUCGUGCCUUCACGUUCUCACUAGGUCUUCGUUGUUCAUCAAUGAUGCUAGCUAAGUACGUGAAUGCUCCCAAGUCUUCCAUCAAGUGUGAUAUGUUUUCUGCCUGCGUCUCAUACGAACUUCUUUUAAAACUUUCGUCAUUUGACCUAUGGGAUUCCAUUGUAUUCUGGUGCAAAUCUUUCAUUAAAAAAGUAGCCAAAUCGUCCAUAUGGAUCUUGCUACUCUAAGCCUAUAAACAACGCCAGUGAGAUUAUGGAAGGAAGUGUGCUUAGCCCAUUACUCUUUCUCCUACUUAUUAACGACGUGUGUUCACUAUUUCAGUACAGUGAAACUUCCCUUUUUGCCGAUGACCUGAAAGUGGUUUAUUCACUCUCGUCACCUUUCAAAGAAAACGAUAUUUCAGCGGCAACCCUAGAAGACACGCACAAGUUACACGAAUGGACUGUGUCGUAGAAUCUAUCGGUGAGUGUUGGUAAGGGUGGAUUCACUCACAUUGGCAGAAGACUAAGCUAAAUCUGGUUCUACACAAACACGUACUAAAACUCCUCACCAUUCGAGUGAAUGUAUAGUAGCAGUUUGGACUUUCCGAGCAUAUCACAUCUAAAGUAUCCAAAUCAAGAAAGCGGAUUGAAUUGUUUAUGAUAAAUUUUGUUAGUACUUAUUACAGAUUAUUAUUAUAAAUUCUUGGAUACGGUAUUUUAGUUAACUGUUGUAGAAUUAUGAUUAAUUUAUGUGUAAGUGUAUUUAUCUCUGCUAUCAGAAGAGUAGACGUGAAUACGUGAAUGCUCUCAAGUCUUCCAUCAAGUGUGAUGUGGUUGCUACUUGCUGUGUUGUACUUUAGAAUCUUGUUUUUCCCUUGCAGAUAAUGAGGUGUCCUGCCACAGCAUCCGCUACUACAUUGGCGAACUUCUGUAUUUUUUGUUGUGUAUGCGGUAGAGAGACCAAUUCAUCUUCGAGGUCUAAAUCAGUCAGCUACGUACAAGGCGUCCACUGUGUUUGGUAUUUUUGAAAAAUAAAAGUCUCCAUAAUCUAGUCAACAACUAGCAGAAAGGGAAAAGGUGGAAUUAAGCAUACUCAUCUGGCACUAGUAUUCACUUGGAGUGCAUCUUUUAGUUGUCUUCUGUGCACGACUGUGCAACUCAGCUCUUCUUAGGAGCUUCGCAUUAUGGUGACCAAUCUCUCAUGUACGACACCAUGCUGCAGAGAGUUAUACAAUAUUUUUUUCUAUCGAAAUUCAAAUUCUUUCCUAUAACUAAGGAAGUUGAUACAUAGAGAUGAGGUUUGAUCAAAUGUUUGCUUAGUAAUGAUCUCCAAUGUCGCGAUUUGGUCGGUACGUGAUCUAUCUUUUUGAAAUCCAACUCUUUGGACUCAAAGAUGGCUGUUGACUGAAUCUUUCGUUCUGUUGAAAAAUUUGGCCAGUACUGUUAACGGUAUGAUUCUUCUGUGGUUCUCACACUUAUUAAGGUUUUCUUCCAUAUCUUGAUGAUUUGUCCUUCUUUCCAAUGUGUUAGUACUUGUUUUCCUUUCUGAAUCCUUUUGAAGAGAACGUGAAGUAUCGUAGUUAUUUAUGAAUCUGAAUUCAGUGAUCCAUUUGGUCCGCUAUCUGGUCCUGCUUUUUUGCAAUCCUUGAUUUUUCUGAUGGUCAAGUUGAUUUCUUCUGUUGUUGAUGGAUAUAAUGUACAGGGUGAUCUUAGUGUACCAAUUUAUAUGUCCAGUGGGUUCUGUAGUGUUUGUCUCUUCAAGUACUUGAUGUGGUUCUCGGUUACAUGAUCCGAUGAAACCCAUGUACCUUUGCGUAUACGUCUGUGGGCGAAAAUGGUGUCACCUAAAACCGUGGUAAUGAAAGUGAAUAGAUCUGUCAGUCUCUCACCAUUCUCGUUUCUCUCUCAGUCCAUAUCAUCCGAUGAUGCGUCCACACCCGAUGUUGGUGUUCAGAUUUCCCACCAAAAUGGUGUGAAUUUUUCGUGAACAGUUCUCUACAAUCAAUUAUAGCCUCUCAUGAAACCGAUUGUACUCGUGUUCACUUUUAUCAUUUAGGGGUGCGUGACACUGGAUGAUGCUCAUAGUGAUGCUAUCAUUCGUUCUUCUGAAGGAUGACUUGAUGGUCGUGAAGCCAUGAGAUUGUCAAUCCGUAAGCGACUCUCGUAUUUGUGUAGAGAGUAUCAGUAGGGUUUGUUGUGUUUGUUGGGCAUUUGCUUUUCUGUGAUGAGAAUACAAUCACAACUUUACUGAAGUUAGUCUUUUGUAUCAAGCUUGUGUUCAACGAACUUAAUUUACUGAGAACACGACCAGGUUGUAUGUUCUCAUUAGUGUGGCUAUUUGGAAGACCCUAUCGAUCUUCCAUAUGUCUAUAAUAAUUGUUGCAGUGGUUGUCAUGAUUCCUUCCGAUAAUGUUUGUAUAUCAGUUUCGUGACUUCCUAAGAAUCUCAGGCUUCUCAAUUAGGUGUCAUUACUCUACAACUUUCAAAUCAAAGCUUAAAUAUAAUAAUUGGUUUAUUUUGUUUAGUUCGUCAGCGAGGUUAUUUACGAGGUAGGGCUGCUAACCGUACGAUUAAUCCUCCUGUUUUACACGGAUUUAGAACCGGUGACACCCGUCGAGAGACUCGAGGCAUAGUUGUUAAUAUACGCAUUUUCGUUUUUGUCUAAUUUGGGUGUUGUUUGGUGAUAAUACCGUACUAUAAUGGUACCAUUUUGUCGCAUUGUGUAAUAUUGUACUGUAUGAGCAGCAGUCAGUCUGCCGUUUUUUCUGUUCUUUUCGAUAUUUACUUGAAUACAUAUCAUAGUAAUUAAUAAUCCAAUGCAUAGACCGCUGGGCUUGUUAACAUUUUACAUUUUAGCUUAACUAAAUGUGAGAUAAACAAGCAUAUUUACUGUGUGGUAAGAUAUUGUUACCUAAUCGGUCGAAUAUGCAUGAAAUUCAGACGAAUUCAUGGUUCAUACUUUAAAUACCAACAGUUUGUCCUACUUUUGUUUCACAUGUUCAAAUCUAUUUUUGGUGUAGAUGAUUAAAAGUAGUCACUAGAAGUUUUAUCAACUUAGUUACAAGUUUGUUCAUGUUUUGAUAGUAAUUUCGCUCACAACUUCCCCUAGUCACUUGGAUCUUUAUCGCUAUUCCAAACUCGAGGAGAUCAACAUUGAGCUGUUAUAACUAAAAGUUUAGUAUAUUUUCAUAGGCAUGUCACUCUGUACAGCCCUAUAAAAAUGCGAAGGUUUAAUUUAAUGUACUGUAACAUUUCUGUCAUUUGACGUUGUUUUGUUGUUUUUUCUACACAUAUUGAAAUGCCUAAAUACUUUAAUGUCCUCUCCAGAAACUAAAUUUAUAAGUCUUAUCUUCUACAUAUCUGUCAAUCUUCAAUAUGUAGCGUGUUGUGGAGGGGAGCAGUGACAUCUAAGCGUGAUACAUCGAAGAAAAAUAAAUAAGGGCAGUAAAUGUGCAUUCAAAGAAACACUUAGAAAUUCUUGAACAAAACUAAUCUAAAAUUAGUAGCGAGGACAUCUCGUUGAAGUGAAAAUAUAUGACAUUGUACACACGUUUUCAAAAGUUAGGAUUUUGUUCUCCCUUCGAACACGAUUCUUAUUACAUGCUUUUUGGACUGCCUAGUAAAUGUGAUUCUGAAUGUAAGAAAAUUGAAACAAACAUUAGUUGUUGUCUGAUGUAAGAGUUGGUCACUUAUGUUCAGCUUGUAAAGCACUAAAAACAUUACUAAUCCCAUUGAUUUAAAUAUUGAUGUUUCGAUAGUCUUAAGUACCGGCUGAUCAGUUUAUUUUUGAAAAUUGCUAGCUAUUUCUGGGUAUGAACUUGUCCAGUUCAAAACUAGAUCACUCAAGUUAGACACAUUAAAGAUCUCUAUUUCGCAAAUGUUGCUAAGAUCAAGUCCUACUGAACUUUUUAUUAAGUCUCAUUGAGCAAACAAAUGCUGGACCGAUUAUUUUGUCAUUUUUAAAGUAAAAAUUGUCUGACCAAUAAUAUUAGUUACGUUGGAAUCGGAAACUGACUUUUUUCUUCAAGAGUUUUAUUGUAAGCAUUAUUACUAAUACAAAUUUGGUUCAUGUUGACCGAUACACUUCAAUUUGAUUACCAACUGGAUGUAAUAAUAAUUGUGUAGUUGAAUAUUGGUUCGUAUUCACUGUUCUUUGAAGUAAUUUGGCGUAGCGUUACUAGUAAUCGAUUUUCAUUCAUUGCCAGUUUACCUACAAUUAAAGUCUUGUGAUAAUAAAAUCUGCAUAAAAUCAAAUUUCUCAACAUCAAAGGUUAAAUUACUCAAUAUUGAAACGAAAGGAACUCCCUUAGCUGGAAAUAGUCUUUUUUGUCCUUUUCAUCGAUUACAUAUUGUUCUCCUUUGCUUAUUUAUUCAUUGGCAGUUUUAUCUUUUUGUGUUGUCUACUAUUUUUGUUGUCUAGUCAUACCCUGGCGACUUCGAUUUAAGUUUAGUAAUAAAUAUAGCUCAAAAUCAAAUAUAUAAACGUGUAUGUGAUAGAUGAUUGACAUAGGACAUACUAUUACUAAUUUAUGGUUUGAUUAGCCUAGUUGAAUCAAUACCUUGUAGGUAAAUUUAGGCUUGGUUACUAAGUUACAUUUUUCUAAUAUUUAAAAGAUGCUAACUACCGAAGAGAGAUACUAACAAGUUUGAAGAAACUGUCAAAUUCUUUUAGAUUUCCAAACUUAACCCAACUGAUAUUAGUCGUUGAUGAAAUUAUUUUUCAAAUUAUUCAUUUAAAUGUGGCUAUUUCACUGAAUUUCACAAUUGUCUGAAUUUACUUGCACAUCAAAUCUUAUUUCAUUACCAAAAAAUCAUUGAAAAAUAAAUUGAACUCACAUAGAUCAGAAUGUAUUUUCUGCUGCACUGUCGGGAAAUAUAUUGAUUGAUAUACGAGAAAUUGUUGACAGUCAGAAAAAAAUAGGAUCUAUUCAAAUGAUUAGAAAUAUCAUAUUACAUAUGAUAAUUUUUACAAAAUCCAAUUCAUUCGCUGUUAUCAUUUGUCUAUUCGUUUACAAUAGUUGUCGAACACAAUUCAUCACAAGCUAUAAUAACAUUAAUUUUAAGCAGAAAUAAAUGGUGGCUUGCAGUGGAAUCCGAAAUACACGUUUCAUCAUAUUUGGAACCCUCCUGGUAGAUGUACCUGCAUCAGAGUUAAUGUUCACUCUGCGAUUCGAACCCAGUACUUUUCGCUUCAAAUACCAAUGCAUUAACCCUACUAGCUACCGAGUCCAGAGAACUCAUUUAUACAAUGGGUGAUAUAUUCUAAUUCAAUUGAUCAGUCUUAAACAUCAGUGGGAAGAUUCAAACAACCAAUACUAAUAAAUUAUUAGUAAUUUUACUUCUUUCUAGUAGUUUGUGGGACAUUUUCACAGUUUGUCUCAUUGUUAUUUUGUUUACCCAAUACUUUGAUUAGUGUGUUUCUAUUUCGUUUCAGGUUAAUAAUCUCUAUUCGACAACAAUAAUACAUUGAAUAAUGAACACUAGUGAACAAACCGUCGAUCGACCAUUUGUUACUACCGAUGGAAAAAUAUGGCCAGCAAAUGUUUUUGUACCUUGUAAAAGAUACUAUUGUAUUAAAUAUACUAAAGAAAUGCUUGUAUCGAAAAUUACCGAGAAAUGUUUAAAGCCUGAUGAUGGGAAUUUUAUUGAUUUGUGGGUAUUGACUAGAAUUAAUCAUUGGGAUCAUGAAAUAGAGACCACUGUUUGUUUAACCGACAAAUAUUUAAUGCUUAUAAGCUUUAAUUUUAUCAAUGAAGAUUGUACUUCAAAACGUGUUCUGUUACAAUCCAUUAAAACCAUACAUGUUGGAAAUUUAAUUCAACCAAAUUGGUCUGCAUUACCCCAGCGUAACUAUGGUGGUGUUCAAAUAAUUUGGGGUGAAUUGGAAGAAACAAAAUGGAUUGAUCGUUGGAAUCCAAUAUCUCAAGAUGUUCCAAUGGUUAUUUUACAUCAUCAUCCUUGUUUUUAUUCACCGGAUCCAUUGUCAGACAAAGAUAUGUACAACUGUGAUCUAGCCAUUUCAGCUAUUUCUAAGUCUUUGUCUAAAUAUGAUAUUCAAGUUGAAUAUGCCAAUAUUCAUUUAAAUUCACAUAUCAAUUUCUUUACAAUUAUUUACAAUCAAAGUAAUCUAGGUUUUUGCAAAGAUCGAAAUGGUGUUAGUUUUUAAAUCCAAACAAAAAAAAAAAUAGACAAAAAAUAAUCAUAUGCUUAUUGUUUUAUUUUUUAUGCAUGAUUUUUAUGCUGAACAAUUUCUAUAGAAAUACUCUAUUCACUUACUUUUAUUCACCUACUACAAUUGAUACACAUUUCAAUAAUCAUAAUCACUUGAGCACAUAAAUCAAUAAUACAAUGUUUACAUGAUUAUAUUUUCUUAUUCAUGUGUAUACUGUUGUUUCAAGUUAAUCAAUUGAUUAAUUCCAUGUUACUAAUCCAAUAGUUUUACUGUUUUACUCUGUUUCUUUUUUCUCUUUUUUUUUUCUACUCAAAAAAAUAAUUCAUUUAUUGUUAGUUUUAAAUGUUUUCAUGUAGAAAAUGCUUUAAUAUUUUUAAAUGUUUGUUUUUACUAUUCAAAGUUGAUUAAUUUAAUUUUUGUUUUAUUCUGCCAUUAUAUUGUGAUCAAUUUUACAGAUUGUGUUUUUUUUAAAAAAAAAAACUCACCUACACCAUUAAAACACUCAUUUUGUACUCCACACACACACACACAUUCAUUCGAUAUAAUGGUUACUUUCAAAAGAUCACUGUAAUUUAACCAUUACAUAUUCAUUUUUUUCGUUUUCAUUAUUCAGUUCACUUUCCUUCCUUUUUGUAACAUUGAUGAUAAUAAAUACUAGUAGUAAUAUUUUUUUACGGAGUUUUGUUCUCUGAGCUGAAUGGUCUGUGAAAGUCACACUGAACUCGGUAAACUUGUUAACAUCUGGAAAGAAGGAUGUGUUCAAGUUUUAUAGUGGUGUUUGUGCAGACGUCCGAUGCUUCGUUCGCUUUAGUUUUUUUCUUGGGUAGUACCUGGUGGUUAUGUGAGGCUGUCGGCUCCUCUCUUUAUUCUGACGUCUUCUGUAGACCUAUUGACGACUUUAUGUAUGCAGAUGUGGUUCCCGUUAUGUAAUCCGGCGAAACCCAUGUACCUUUGCGUAUACGUCUGUGGGCGAAAAUGGUGUCACUUAAAACCGUUUUAAUGAAAGUGAAGUGUCGUUGUAGUUAUGUAUGAAUCUGAAUUCAGUGAUCCAUUUGGUCCGCUAUCUGGUCCUGCUUUUUUGCAAUCCUUGAUUUUUCUGAUGGUCAAGUUGAUUUCUUCUGUUGUUGAUGGAUAUAAUGUACAGGGUGAUCUUAGUGUACCAAUUUAUAUGUCCAGUGGGUUCUGUAGUGUUUGUCUCUUCAAGUACUUGAUGUGGUUCUCGGUUACAUGAUCCGAUGAAACCCAUGUACCUUUGCGUAUACGUCUGUGGGCGAAAAUGGUGUCACCUAAAACCGUGGUAAUGAAAGUGAAUAGAUCUGUCAGUCUCUCACCAUUCUCGUUUCUCUCUCAGUCCAUAUCAUCCGAUGAUGCGUCCAC